AUACCCCUCAUCACCCUCCACUUCACUACACCGCCCUCUCUUCCCUAGCCUCUUAUCUUCAAACCUCUCCCUUCUCCACUCCCAAACUACCUACUUUCUCUUCGAAAAUGGCAAUCCGAAAAUACAACAAGCUCCCCCAAACCGCAGUCCUCAAGCAGAUCCUCAAGCGAUGCUCGAGCUUGGGGAAGAAGCAACACGGCUACGAUGAAAAUGGUCUUCCCAUCGACGUCCCCAAGGGCCAUUUCCCGGUUUAUGUGGGAGAGAACAGGACGAGGUACAUUGUUCCCAUCUCCUUCUUGACUCACCCUGAGUUCCAGUGCCUCCUCCGUCAAGCCGAAGAAGAGUUCGGGUUCGAUCACGACAUGGGCCUCACGAUUCCUUGCGAGGAAGUCGUUUUUCGCUCUCUGACUUCCACGCUCAGAUGAGCAUCCUAAAGCUCGAGAGAUCGAUGGAGUUUCUUGAAGAAGAUGGCCAAGAUGAAGCUUUGCCUUAGCUUCUCUUUUUUUCAACAUCCUUCUUCAUUUUUUCCAUCCAUUUCCAGGGCCUUGAUUCGUUUGAAUUCUUUUUUUGGGGGUGUUAUUGGGAGCGGUUUGCUCCGAACCCUUUUGAUGUUUGAUUAGUGACUCUAACCUGGAUUUAACCCAUGGACAUAUAAAUGGGUUCCAUUUUGUAUAAAUUAUGUGAUCGAUUUUACUCACAGAGGUUGGUUGUUAACUUGUUUGUUACAAACCCUGUGAGAGAAGCUAGUGUACUACUAUCAAUGAAAGACUGGAUCAUUUCCGGCCUGUUUGCUUUAACAAA